GUUCGCUGUGCCCAACGAACGGGCCGAGGUCGAGGGGUCCAGUGGCUGUUCGCAGCAGCCCUCGGAGAACUCCAACAACUUCGCGCGGCACUUGAUCCGCCACUUUGCGCGAGGGAGGUGUUUCCAAAGCCGGAUGAUGUAUAUACGAAUGUGCGACUCGGUGAUUCGAGAAGCACCCGUCCAUGUCUUCACAGACCUCUUCAUGCGGCCCUUGCUGUUUCUGUCCUUGGACCCGGUGAAGAACGUGCGACUCUGUUGGGCCACCGUGAUCUUGCCUCACUUGCGCAAGGUGGGACGCCUGGGCCAAAACCGCUUGGUCUUGGCCGCCGCCGUGAGCCUGAGGAGCACCAUGGAUCGGGAGGUGCACCGCGUCUUGGAGGAGGCCAAGCUGCCGGAGGUCUCAGACGAAGAGCCGGGCGGCCCGGACGGGGCACCGUCGGAGCGACCAGAGUGA